GUGAUCAGUUUCAGUUUCGUUUCUGUGAAAGUCGCAGGUCGUUUCUGCUGUUGUAGGCUGUUCUUCACACUACGCAGUCAGUAUUAUUAGAACAUUUAUAUCUUUAAGAUUGCGGCGAUCGUUCUCUCCAACACAAUGAGCACUCCACAGAGCACAGAUUUAGAAGCAAGCCUGCAAGAACUUGAGUGUCACUUCACAUGGGAUUUCAAAAAAGAUGAAAUUAAAGAUCUGGAUAACAUCGCUGAAAAGCUGCUGGAUCGAGUAAAGUUCUGUCACAACAGAUACCACUCCACCUAUUUCAACAUCCUUGCAUUCCUCAGUCACUUAGAAGGACAGAACGAGACAGCCCUUGAAUUUCUGAGUAAAGCCGAAUGUGUUUUAAGGAAUGAAAAACCUUUUCUGGAGAAGCACUUGCUGGUUACCUAUGGCAACUAUGCAUGGGUUUACUAUCACAUUGGCAAGCUCUCAGAAGUGAACACCUAUCUGGGCAAAGUGGAAGAUAUUUGCAGAAGUAUUCCUCGGUCAUCGCGUUAUUCAGCCAACCUGCCAAUAGUAUAUGGAGAGAAGGCCUGGACUCUUCUGAAACUUGGAGCUAGAUAUUAUCCAAGUUCAAAAGAAAGUUUCCAAAAGGCCCUUCAUGGAGAUCCAGAUAAUCUGUCACUUAAUAAUGGAUAUGCAGUGGUUCUUUACCGACUUGAAGGGCUUAGGAGAAGAAAAGUGAAAACAGAGUGCAGUGACGCUGUGAAACAGAUAAGAAAAGUUUUACGCUUAGAGCCCAACAACUCUGAGGCUAUGGUUUUCUUGGCUCUAAAACUUCAAUGGUACAGAAAGGAAGAGUCCAGAAAGUUAGUGGAAAACGCCCUUAGAGUAUCUCCUGAUGUGCCACAGGUCACACGCUACGUGGCAAAAUAUUUCAGGGCGGAAGGUGACAUUGACAAGUCCUUAGAAAUCCUUAAAAAGGCUGUAGAACUGGCCCCACAGUCCUCAUUCUUGCACCACCAAAUUGGGCUGUGUUACAAACAGGAGCUCGCCAAAAUGAAAAUAAAUGAGCAGCAAGUUCCUUUGGAUGAAAAAAUGGCCAAGAUGGCAGAGUGCAUCCACCACUUUAAGAAAUCUGUAGAACUGAAGCCUUCCAAUUUACAUGCUAAAGUCAAUUUAGCAGAAGCCUAUGGAGAAAACAGGCAAAUGGAAGAAGCUGAAAAGAUUUUCACUGAUGUACUAGAAGAUCCAUUUCUUGGUAUUUCUGACAGGCAGUAUGUGCUUGCCAACUAUGCCUUGUUUCUGUUGUUUAAGAAGAAGAACGAAUCCAGUGCUAUUUGCCACUUCAAAGCUGCUUACGAAAUACAGUUGCGAACGUCAUCCAGGGUUCAGGCUGGGAAAAAUCUAAAUAAAAUUGCAAAUCAGCGACUCAAGACCAACACAGAAGACAGCGAGGCCUAUGAAAUAAUUUCUUUUGUUUAUAUGCAAGAUGGACUAAAGAAGAAAGCUAUGGAGUACUCUUUGAAGGCGAAGCAGUUUUCAUCAUUUAAUGCUGAGGACCUAAGUGCUCUCUGUGAUGAAAAGCUGAACAUUUAAUACAAAACUAAUUAGAAAAAUGGCUAGUGGAAGAUAUAUGGUCAUGGUUAAAUAAGAGAAAGUCACGAUUAUUUUGUAAAAAUACGAUUUUUUUCUGCACUGAAUGGAUUGCAAUUGCAAUUUAUAACAAGGUAAAACUUACUAGAGACUUGAUGAAGGCAAUAGCCAAACAUAUCUGCUUGACUUUUAGGUUUUUUUAAAGGCACAAAAUGUAGAGAUGAGAAAACGGAAAACUAAUCUCAUGUUAGAUAAUUAUAUCAAUAUCACUUACUAUUCUGUUUCUUAUGAUUUUUACUACUCUGUUUGCAGACAACACUGUUUAAAUAAACAUUUAUAAUGUUUGCAA